CAGAGUGUUUUAGCUACAGCGGUUUCACCAUCUCUUCCAGUCAGUGCUGCCCCCUGGUGGCCGCUCCAGAUGUUUCAGCUCCUGAAUCUCUUGUCUGAGAUGGUCUGGUCUGGAUGAGAACUAAAUCAGAACAUUCCUUCCUCCUGUUGGAUUGUUGUUCAGGAAUAAAAUCCCUUCCAGUUCCAGAUCCGUGAUUCUGCGGAGCGGGUGGUUCAGUUUUCCUGUUGGUGUUGGAUAAAUCCUGACUUUCCGCUCUGAGCUGCAGAUCUGGGAUGUUUCUGUCCCAGUCAGGGUUUACUGGGAGCUCUGGUUCCAUCAGAGAGCUGCAGCAGUUGCUAACGUCUGAUUGGAUCUGGAUUCAUGCUGGAAAACAACUGGAGUCAGGCGGCAGGACGGUUCGGCUUGGUCUAAUUUCUGGGUGGCUCUGCAGCCAGGCUCAGUCUGAGUCAGCGACCUUUGACCUGCGGAUUGGAGACUCAGUUAGGAUCUGCUGCCUUACACUACCCCUGCUCUCUGACAGCACAGCAGUCAGGCCCAGACUUUGACUAGGCCGUCUUCCUUCUCUCCUGCUCUCUUCUCCAGCUGCAUCCACUCACCUGUAAUUAGUUCUUCUGCUCCCGCCGCCAUCUUGUUUCUAGAGAGGAGAAGCUUUCUCCUGGUUCAGAGUCGUGAUGGAAACCAGGUUUAAAUCAGAACAAAAUGCAGAUUAAACCUGAAUCAACAGCAGAAUAAGUUCAUGAAUGAAUUGAGUUUAAUGGGAGCUGAUCGGUUGCUCUGAGCUCUGUUGGUGCUUCCUGGCAUCGGGGCUGCGGUGGGCACUGAAGGGUUAACGGUGUGUGAGGAGGAGGAGCUGCUGCUGGAGCGUUACCUGCCUCUCCGUUGCUCCUGCGGCUCCAGACUCGGCUCCGGCUCCAGAGGGACGGCGUGAUGCGGGUCGUCCUGUUCUGCUGCUGCCUUUCCUCUCUGCACCUCCUGCUGUGCGCCGCGCCGCUGACUGAGGGCGGCACCGCCAUCAGCCUGCAGGGAUCGCCUCACAGCAACAGCCAUGUUGUCCUAAAACGGAGGGGUCGACACAAACAGGACACUCUGACCCAAGUGGACCAUUCAAAGUCCGUUCUGGUGUCCAGAAAUGAGACCGGGUUCUGGAGCCGUCCUCGCUGUGGAGUCCCAGACUACCCCAGAGUAACGCCGCUCAGCGGGUCAAAGCUGCUGAAGAGGAGCAGAAAGGAGCGCGGCAAAAGAUUUGCUCUGUUUGGAGGACGCUGGGACAAAACCGACCUCACCUACCGGAUUGUUCGUUUUCCCUGGCAGAUGAGUGAAGACAAAGUUCGGCGCAUCCUGGAGGAGGCCUUUGGGGUUUGGGGUGCGGUCACUCCUCUGACCUUCAGAGAGGUCAUCAACGAGAGAGCGGACAUCAUCAUCGACUUCAACAGGUACUGGCACGGUGAUGACCUCCCGUUCGACGGUCCUGGAGGAAUUCUGGCCCACGCUUUUUUCCCUCGCACGCUGAAAGAGGGAGAGGUCCACUUUGACUACGACGAACACUGGACGGUCGGCAACAGCGUCGGUACCGACCUCCUGCAGGUGGCAGCCCAUGAGUUCGGCCAUGUUCUGGGCCUGCAGCACUCUCUGGAGCCCGACGCGGUCAUGUGUCCCUUCUACAGCGACUCCUACCCUCUGAAGCUCAGUGAGGACGACAGGAGGGGCAUCCAGUACCUAUACGGACCGCCGCGGUACACGCCGCCUGACAUAACCGACACCAACGAGAUCGAACCCGAACUGCCGGACGCCUGCAGGACAAGCUUUGAUGCCGUGUCCAUGAUCAGGGGAGAGCUCUUCUUCUUCAGGUCUCAAUAUGUUUGGCGAAUCCGUGACAGGCGUCUGCAAGGCGGCUACCCGGCGUUGUCCUCGCGCCACUGGAGCGGUAUUCCUGACUACAUUGACGCAGCAUAUGAAGACAAGUCUGGAAACAUCUGGUUCUUCCAAGGCGACAGCUACUGGGUGUUUGACGCUGGGCGGAGGAUUUCUGGCCCAGACUCCCUGCAGCGGCUCGGCCUUCCGGUCACCGACAUCCAGGCGGCUCUGCGGUGGGAGGACGGCCGCGCCGAGAAGGUCUACCUCUUCAAGUCUUCGUUUUACUGGUCCUUCAGCGUCCAGGAGAACAGCGUCAGCGACCUCCAUCCGCGCAGCACGCACGAGUGGGCGGGGCUUCCUGGACACGUCGACGCCGCCUUUCUGGACAGCUACGGUUACGCCAACUUCCUGAGCGGGCUGUACUACUGGAAAUUGGACCCGGUGGCGCUGAAGGUGCUGGACGGGUACCCGCGCAGAAUCGGGAUGGAUUUCUUCGGCUGCUCAGAGUCUCCAUAAAUUCGUAAACUUAGUGGCAAACUGAGAAUAAUCUGCUGAGUUAUUGCCGUUUCAUUAGGAUGUGAACUCCUCACCUCGGGUACAACAGGAACCAGUCCCUCCCAGCUGCAGCCGGGUCCGGUUCUGAUCCGGUCCAGUUGUCCUGGUGCGAGGAGCCACAUCCACUGACAGCCAGUCGAUCAAAUGGUCGCUAAGUUUGAUUAUUAAAGGUGCUAUUUCAGGUC